AUGUCCGUCACAGUUGUCCUCGGCGCCCAAUGGGGCGACGAAGGCAAGGGCAAGCUCGCCGACAUCCUCGCCCAUGAGUCGCAAAUCUGCUGCCGCGCCCAGGGCGGUAACAAUGCCGGUCACACAAUCGUCGCCAAUGGUGUUACGUACGACUUCCAUAUCCUGCCGUCUGGCCUCGUCAAUCCGAACUGCAUAAACGUCAUCGGAUCAGGCUGUGUGGUCCACGUGCCGAGCUUCUUCAAGGAACUCGAGGCGCUGGAGAAGCAUGGCUUGAACACUGAGGGCCGGAUUUACAUCUCGGACAGGGCUCAUGUUGUCUUUGACGUCCACCAGCAGGUUGAUGGACUGGAGGAGGUUGAGCUUGGUCAGGGCUUCAUUGGCACCACCAAGAAGGGCAUUGGCCCAACCUACAGCACCAAAAUGACCAGGAGCGGUCUGCGCAUGUGCGAUCUCUUCGAUGAGGAAGUCUUUGAGCAGAAACUCGGCAGGGUCGUCAUGGGCUUCCAGAAGCGCUUCGGAGAUCUGCUGCAGUACGACAUGCAAGCAGAGAUUGAGAAAUACAAGGGCCUCCGCGAGAAGCUUGCGCCAUACGUCGUCGACCAAAUACCGCUACUCGCAUCGGCUAAGGAGAAGAACGCAAAGAUCCUGGUUGAGGGUGCAAACGCGCUCAUGCUCGACAUCGACUACGGCACAUAUCCCUUCGUCACAUCAUCCAACACCGGUCUCGGAGGCGUCCUCACCGGCCUCACUCUCGGCUGGCGGUCACUUCGCGAAGUCAUUGGUGUCGUCAAGGCAUACACCACACGCGUCGGCUCUGGUCCCUUCCCCACCGAACAGCUCAACGAAUUCGGCGAGAAGCUGCAGUCCGUCGGCCACGAAGUCGGCGUGACAACCGGCCGCAAGCGCCGCUGUGGCUGGCUCGAUCUCGUCGUCGUCAAGCACUCGCACGCCUGCAACGACUACACCGCCCUCAACCUCACCAAGCUGGACGUCCUCGACGACUUUGACGAGCUAAAGGUAGCCACUUCGUACUCCCUCAAUGGGCAGCGUCUCGAAGGCUUCCCGUCAAAUCCCGAUAUGCUGGCACAGGUCGAGGUGCAGUAUGAGACCCUGCCUGGAUGGAAGAAACCUACUACUGGCGCAAAGAGCUAUAUGGACCUCCCGCUUGCGGCGCGCAAGUACGUCGAGUACAUUGAGAACUUUGUUGGCGUCAAGGUCAAGUGGAUUGGUGUCGGUCCGGCGCGCGACCACAUGAUCUCACGGUCAGGGAACAUCUGAUGUACAGAAAGGUAAAUGUACCUCUUUGCAUGAGAAAGCAGAAAAGCAAGCUAGAUCAUGUUAGCAAUCUGAAAGCA